AGGCUGAUCCCUCAGUUCGUUACCCUACGUGCUGCAACGCAACCCGAGCAGCUUGACGAUGUUGCCACCCAGCCUUGUUUUGAGAAACUAGGUUAGUAGUCGGUUACAUAGCGGACGAGUUGCGGUAGGAGGAGGAUGGAGAUGCCGGAGAAAUAAGCGACAAAUCGUCCACUCUGGUGUUUCUCACCAAACAUCGGAGUUUAAACAGGGACAGACCAUGAUAGAGAUGUUCCAAGCUGCAGAGCUGAAUACCAAACUGCCUUCUACUAUCAAGAGAUAGCCAGUGCGCAGGAUGGAGGCCCCAGAGGAAUGACAGUCCCUUCCCCCUCGGGCGACGCACCAACAGUCAGAGGAAAAAUGCACUGCACCAGUGGAUACCUUCUUCUUUUACUGUCGUCUAUUAUCACCUCUCACACCGCCGGAGCGUUAUCAGUGGACACAGGUGGAAACCGUACGCAAAAUGGCAGUGCACCAGAAAGUGGAUUUGUCCCAAUUGUGUUCACAAAAGUGAGCCAGAUAAUUGCCCGAGAGGGGAGCUGCACGCUGAUUGAUUGCAAUGUCACCGGAGACCCGUUCCCCAGCGUCCAGUGGUUCAACUCCCAUGGAGACCAUCUGGAUACGAGCGGUGGGAAGUGGUGGCUGCUGGACCGUGGCGUCCUCAACAUCACUAGCGUUGAGUUUGCAGACCGUGGGAAGUACACCUGCAUGGCGGCCAACGUGCACGGCAGCUCCAACUGCACAGUAACGCUGCGUGUGGUCUUCACUAACGGGGACAUGGGUGUGUACUACGUGGUGGUGUGUCUGGUCACCUUCACCAUCAUCAUGGCCCUGAAUGUCACACGCCUCUGCAUGAUGAGCAGCCACCUGAAGAAGACGGAGAAAGCCAUCAAUGAAUUCUUCCGCACUGAGGGCGCAGAGAAGCUGCAGAAGGCCUUCGAGAUCGCCAAGAGGAUCCCCAUCAUCACCUCAGCCAAGACGCUGGAGCUGGCCAAGGUGACGCAGUUCAAGACCAUGGAGUUUGCACGGUACAUCGAAGAGCUGGCUCGCAGCAUCCCGCUGCCGCCGCUCAUCAUGAACUGCCGCACCUUCAUGGAGGAGAUUCUGGAAGUGGUGGGGGUGGAGGAGAUGAGACACACCUUUGUCAGACAAGCACCCGAGGGACGGCGCGAAGCAGUGGGCGGGGUCACCUCCAUCCAGGUGAGGGACGUCUUCACUAUUCUGCAGGAGAGGGAGCAAGGGGAGGACAGGGAACGCAGUGAAUCUCCUGCCACCGACUCGGACAACUCUUCAGUGCACGAGCAGCCACAGCACAUCGCCAUCCAGGUGUCGGUCCACCCUCUGCUUGGCGUUGGAGGUUACUGCAGCAUAGAGGCUCCACCUCAGACAGAGGCACCAGCCUCCUACCCCCCACUGCUCCCUCCUCUUCACCAGGAUGACGGGGGACCUGACGGGGAGGUCGAGCAGAGCACUGAACAAGUUACGCCCGAACCAUCAGCAAAUAAGACCCCUCCCUGCCAGCUAUUCUAUGAAAGCCAUGUGUGAUGAAACGAACCCCGGGGAGCGAUGAGUUAUCCUGCUAUGCAUUUUCACUGGAAGACAAAAGAAAGAGGUCCAUAAAAGCUUAAUUUCACAUGUUGGAGAGAAUCAGUCGCAUUUUUUUUUCUUUUCUGAACAGAACAGUCUCUGUAAACCUUUGUAAGCUGUUGGACUUAGAAUUAAUCCUAAGGUUUUUUUUUCACAUUUAGGACAUUUCAUGCUUGAAUGUACACACGAGGGUUGUCAAUAUUAUUAUCAAUGUAACGAGUAGAAAAUUAAGCACCGAAG